GCUUGUAAACACGUGUGAAAACUUUUAACGGGCUCCAGUACGUGACUCAAGAUCCGGCUCCAUCAUAUUGUUGGUGGCGCUGCUCGCUCCUGAUUUCAAAUUCAAAAUGAGAAACCUCCCUCGACGCUUCCCUCUCUCUGUCUCUCUGGCUCAUUCAAUUUCCUCUCUUUACAACAAAACCUUUCCCAAUAAAUUCGCAGAAAACUUAAGUCACUGAUCAAAUUAAGCCAAAAAGGGUAAGAAAAAUGGAGGAAGAGCCUUUUCCUUUGCCGUCUUCUUCUUUCCUUCUCAAAGACAUCUCCAACUUUAAAACCCCCAAACGCCCUUCAAAGAUUCCCAAUUUCCACUCCCCAUGCCCUCAAUUCUUCACUGCUUCCAAACAAACCCCGAGGUCAUCAUCGUCAUUUCGUCUCCGUUCUCGACCUUCCCUUGCCCCUUCUUCUUCCCGCUCCAAAUCCAAAGCCGCCGCCGCCAAGCUCAAAGCCUUCGAGCUCGAGCAAUCUCAGUCCGCUCGAAAAGAACAAUUCAAGAAAGAACAAUCGCUCAAGUCAUUGUCCAAAUCUCUCACCGUUUGGCUGAAUUUCCUCUUCCAGAACCCUAAGUCUUGCGGUUGUGAUCUCUCCAUCAAUGGCAGUGACGAUAGUAAUCUUGUUCGAGUGGACAGUGCCUGGAGAAGCCCGAAAAGGAUGAGAGAGUUGUGGUGGAGAGGGGAUGAAUCGGAGGAGAACAUAGCCGCGGAUAUUUCGAGCUCAAAGUAUUCGACUUUGAGGUCGUCGUUGAAGGAAGUUAGUAGUUUCGAUGAUUUGAAGCAGCGGAUGCGGAUUUAUUUGAGUCUGGGGAGUUGCAAGGAGAUUUUCAAUGCCAUGACUCAAGUCGUUAAGAAUAUAGAUGAAGGGAGAUUAAAAAUGAAGGCACAUUGUCCUAUAGUUACAGAUGUUGGGAUGAAGGAAAAGGCUUCUAAAAUUUUAAUGUCUUACAACCCAAUUUGGCUCCGAAUCGGGUUGUAUAUUAUUUUUGGCGGUGAUUCCUUGUUAUCAUCUGAUGGAGAUAUUAGUUCGAUGCAAGAUAUUUCGUUUUUGAAGAUGGUAAUAGAAAAGCAAUUUUUCUCACACACUGGGCUUGCAAAGGCUUAUGCUUAUAACAAGAAGGUUGAAGGUUUGUACAGACCGGGAUACUAUGAGAAUUUGGGGAAAGUUAUAUUGAAGAGAAUUUUGUUCCUUGUUCUUAUCCUUGAUCGAGCUAAAUCUCAGACUAGUCUUCCUCUUAAGUACGGUAUUGAUGGAGUGGACGGAGGUUCUCCUCUUCUGUUCAUAGUUUCAUCUGGUAUAAAAUCAAGUCGUCAAGUCCUUAAUGAUUUCUUAUCAUCUGAUGUUAUGCAUGGGGAAGGUAAUCUUCUCGCACAUCUAGUGAUUGUAGGGUACAAAGUUUUUCAUCAGCAGUCUGCCCUUGUUGAGUUUGACUUCCAAGUAUCAGAUUUAUUUGUGGAUCUUCAAGAUGGGGUGCGGCUCUGUAGAGUUAUUCAACUUUUGCAACAUGACCCCUCUAUCCUCAUGAAAAUAGUAGUUCCUUCAGACACCCAGAAGAAGAAUUUGGCAAAUUGUGGUGUUGCCUUGCAAUAUUUAAGACAGGCUGGUGUCAUGCUAUGUGAUGAAGAUGGAUUGAAGAUUACAGGAGAUGACGUUGCUGAUGGAGAUAAGGAACUGACUCUAUCCUUGCUCUGGAAUAUAUUUGUUCAUUUACAGCUGCCACUUCUGAUCAAUAAAACAAUCGUUGCUGAUGAAAUAACCAAAAUAUGUGGCUUUAAUAUGGAUAACUUGAAUGUAAUCAAUUCCACUCUUUUGGGAACACUUUUAAAUUGGAUCCAGGCAAUUUGUGAAAAGUAUGAUCUUAAGAUUGACAGCUUUUCUUCACUGGUUAAUGGAAAAGCCAUAUGGUGCUUGCUUGAUUAUUACUUCCGCAGAGAACUUUCUUGUAGUUGUUCUAAAAAGGAUUCUGAUGAAACAAGAGGUGAAGAAUCUAUCAUGUCUGCUACUGAUUACACAGAUGCAGUUCACAAUUUUGUGUUAUCACAGAAACUGACAACAUUAUUGGGAAAUUUCCCUGAGGUUCUGCAAAUAAGUGACUUACUUGAGCAUAAUGGUGCAGUUAGUGAUCAGAGUGUGGUAGUUUUGCUCGUUUUCCUGUUGUCCCAGUUGGUUGUCAAGAAAAAUGUGGAUCAAUUAAAUUUCCAUAAACUAUUGGGUUGCAAUUGCCAAAAACUAGAGAGAAGGCAUUCAUCAAUUCGAAGACAGUCGGCAAGUUCUGAAUCUGUUGUGCACGAGAAGGAAAGAGACAUAGAUAUCACCGAAGAUGCUGCUAAAAAGUUUAAGGCCAUUCAGGCUUGGUGGCGAGAUAUGACAGAACAAAACUACAAAAGUGUUGUAAGACCUGCUGCUCCUAUUUCAUAUUGUUUCACAGCUCAGAAGACAAGCAUUGACAUUCGAAGAGCUUCAGAAAAGGCCGCAAUAGUCAUACAGUCUCAUUUUAGGCGAUUGAUAGAGCGUUGUAAAUUUCUGAAGAUGAUGAAAGCAAUCUGUUUAAUGCAAAACAUUAUACGUGCAUGGUUGACUGUGAAGAAAAAGUCAGAACUCAACAAAUUCAGUUUUGCCAGAGUUCAGGAGUUUCCAUCUGAAGAACACAAGCGACUUGUCAAGUUCAUUGUUGAGAGACACAGUUUUGUUAAUUUAAGAAGAUCAGUGUUGCUCAUACAGCAAGCUACAAGGAUUUGGAUAGCUCGAAGACACCAUGCAUCCGGUCCUGACCAAGUCAAGGCUGCCAUUUUCAUUCAGAAAUGUGUUUGUGGUUGGAUGGUAAGGUCAAGACACAUUCUUGGACAUACUCAAAUUGAGAAUGCUUCUCUUAAGUGCAUUGAGAAGGGUGUAAGAAAUAGUGAAAUAGAAGCAGCAACCAGGAUUCAGAUUGCAUGGAAGAAUUUUGUUUGCAGAUCUCUACGCAAACAAACUUAUGCUGCAACUAAAAUUCAGAGCCAUUAUCGCAGUUGGCAGUUAAGAAGGAGUUUUAUGAAACAAAAGCAAGCAAUAACAAAAAUUCAAAGUAAUUUUCGACAACUGAAAUGUUGGAGAGCCUUUCAGAUUGCUUGGAAGGAAUUUGUCUGUAGAUCUCUCCAAAAUCAGACAUUUGCUGCAACCAAAAUUCAGAGUCAUUUCCGUUGUUGGCAGUUCAGGAGGAGUUUUAUGAAGCAGAAGCAAGCAAUAAUAAAAAUUCAAAGUAAUUUUCGACGGCUAAAAUGUUUGAGUGCUUUUCACCAAUAUAAAACUGCCACCAGAUCAGCAAUUAUCAUUCAAUCUUAUGUGCGAGGAUGGAUAGCUAAGAGAAAAGCUUGGAGAUAUAGGCAUCUUAUUGUUAUUAUCCAAAGACACUGCCGUGGUUGGCUGGUAAGGAAGGAGCUUUUGUUGCAAAGGCUUGCUGUAAUGAAGAUCCAAAGAGUGAUAUGGUGCCUAAAAUGUCAGAAAGCAUUUCAUUUUCAGAAACAUGCAGCUAUUGAAAUUCAACGGUUUAUCAGGGGGCAGAUUACUAGAAAUAAGCUUUUAGGAGCAUCUUCCUUGCAUGCUGCUACCACUGGCAGUUGCAAUUUUAAGAUGUCAGAAGGCUUCUUCUGGAGUUUUGAAUUGACAUUAGUGAUUGCUUCAGUUCUGAAACUGCAAAGGUGGUGGAGAGGUGUUUUGUUACUUAAAUUAAGAACAAAAUCAGCAAUCAUUAUUCAGAGUCACACACGGGGUUGGAUUGCUAGGCAAAAAGCUUAUAGAGAGAGGCAUUCUAUUGUUGCAAUACAAUCAUAUUGGAAAGGUUAUGUUGCUCGGAAAGAAUCAAGGGGGCAGCUAAUGGAUUUGCGCUUGCGAAUGCAAAAGUCUGCUAUGAAUGUGGAUGAUAGCAAACGUAUUAUUAACAGGCUUUUGUCAGCACUUUCAGAACUACUGAGCAUGAAAAGCAUCAGUGGAAUUCUUCACAACUGUGAGACCUUGGAUAUGGCUACAACCCAUUCUCUGAAAUGCUGUGAAGAACUUGUGGCUGCGGGUGCAAUUGGCAUUCUACUGAAGCAGAUUCGCUCAGCCAGUCGGAGCAUACCUGAUCAGCAGGUUCUAAAGCAUGCGCUCUCAACACUCAGAAACCUUGCCCGUUAUCCACAUUUGACAGAAGUGCUAAUCGACACUCCUGGAUCUGUAGAGAUAAUCUUAUGGGAGUUGCACAGGAACAAGGAAGAAGGAUACUUUAUUGCUUCCGAGAUAUUGAAGAAGAUAUGUUCAAAUCAGAAAGGUGUGAAAGUUGUACACAAGUUUCCUGCUCUUCUGAAGAGACUGCACAAUCUUGUUGAAGAACUGACGAGGAAAGCAAACAUUGAAAAAAGGAAUCCCCGUGCUGUUUCCGUAAGGGAGAACACAGAUAGAAGAUUGAAGGAGGCUGUGGAACUUCUUAAACUGAUAACAAAUGGUUAUUGAAUCCAGCAAUCACCUAUCUGUUUGCAAUGUGAAGAAGUUUUAUGCUUGCUAGGGUUAAUGCUGUUUAUGUCCAUAUCUAGUGUCUCUGAUGUGUUUGAUAUAUUGAGUUUUUGAAAUCUUGAACAUCUGAUGGUGCAUGAUUUGUGCACGGUUGUGUACUUAACUAAUUCAGAUGCAAUUGUUUGAAAUUAAGGCUUGACAAAUAGUCACCCCAAGAAAUGAGCGAGAUGCACAGAAUCUAAAGCCCCAAGCAAGAUAUCCACAGAUGUUGUACUUUCUCAGCAGGUUCCUGUAAUCCUCUUAUACAGAAUUUGGAUCCUCUUAUACAGGUUCCUGUAAUCCUCUUACAUAAACCAAUGUCAGGAAUUUGGAUCUAUCGAGUUGGUGGUGCCUAUCAUUUGCUAUUUUGGUCUUUUUAUUUAAAGCAAUUUCCGACUAAUAAAAUUAAACAAUCUGCUUUUUAUUGAAGUGCUUGACGUAUAGCCUGCGGCAGCACAGCCCAUUAGACGACGUUCCCCUGGCUGGAUCUGUCCGAUUAAAUUCAAUUGCUUCAGGCCCAGGGAUAAAUCUUACGCGAAUCCAGAAUACAGAAGAUAUUCUUGCCAACAAAGCCUAAACAAGUUGCUUGUUUUAUUCAUUUUUUAGGAUAUGCAAGUUGCAACGUUGCUAAGAACGAAGUUUUGUUUAUUGGGAAAAGCAAGCUGCAGCCUGCAAUCACGUAUUCUAAUUAUUCAUCGAUUUUUUCAUAUAGAUUUUUUUGUUUAAAUUAUUAAAUUAAUUAUUAGUUGGAAAAAGUUUGUAUGGUGCUGGUAGCCCCUGGUCUCCAUGGCUGCUGGGCAAAUGAGGUUUGUCAGUCUUGCGAGAGAUUCAGAUGGAGUGGCGCUGUUUGCACCCAACUUUUUC